GAUUUCCGUAAUUUUGAGAAGAUUUUUUUUUCGUAAUUUUUUAUUCUGCCCCAGCUGAUGUUUGAGCCAGGAUGUCGCGGAGGAAACAAGCGAAGCCUCAGCAUUUCCAAUCCGACCCCGAGCUGGCCUCGAGAUCUCAGCGCAAUGGAGACAUGCAGAAGGGCCAAACAAAUCGAACCACCAAGGCAAAGGAUGCCCACAUCUGUGGCAGAUGCUGUGCCGAGUUCUUUGAACUUUCAGAUCUCCUGCAACACAAGAAGAACUGUACUAAAAAUCAAUUAGUUUUAAUUGUGAAUGAAAAUCCCGUUCGUUCUUCUGAAGCCUUCCCUCCCAGCUCCCCUACUGAUAAUCUCGAUGAACAGAGGAAUGACACAGUGAAUAACAUGGAUCAAGUAGACCGCAGCGACCUUUCCGAGCAGAACAACAGACUUGAGAAGGAAGACUCCAUGGACGUGGAGGCUCCGGGUGUUAACAAGAGCACUAGCGGUAGUCCCCCGAAUGUCGACAAUAGUAAUGCAAGCAGUAACUGUUCCACAAUGGGUACCUCAGCUAUAACAACCUCUCUACCUCAACUAGGGGAUCUGACCAUGCUAGGCAACUUCUCGAUGAUCAACAGCAACGUCAUCAUCGAAAACCUCCAGAGCACAAAAGUGGCGGUCGCGCAGUUCUCCCAGGAAGCCCGGUGCAACGGCGCCUCAGCCACCAAGCUGGCCGUCCCUGCCCUGAUGGAGCAGCUCCUUGCUCUGCAGCAGCAACAGAUCCACCAGCUGCAACUGAUAGAACAAAUCCGUCACCAAAUCUUAUUGCUGGCUUCCCAGAACGCGGACCUGCCGGCCCCUCCCAGCCCAUCGCAGAGUACAUUGCGAACAUCGGCCAACCCCUUGUCCACGUUAAGUUCCCAUUUGUCCCAGCAGCUGGCCGCGGCGGCCGGCUUAGCCCAGAGCCUAGCGAGUCAGUCUGCCAACAUCAGUGGUGUGAAACAGCUCCCCCCUCUACAGCUACCUCAGAGCAAUCCUGGCAACACUCUGGCUCCAUCCAGUAGCGGCUCAUCUCCAAAUAUGAACCCAUCUGCAGCAGCAAUUGUGACACCGUCCUCCGACAAAGUGGCUACAAAUGCUGGUGGCCCGCAGCUCAGCCACCCGCCAGUGACCGCGUCUCCCUCCCCUGUUUUUGCAAUAAGCAGUUUAUUAAGCCCUGUAUCAAACCCUCUUCUACCUCAACCCACCCCUAGCAACUCUGUGUUCCCCAAUCCGUUGUCCAGUCUUGGAACACCUGCGGAGGACUUAAACUCACUGGCUGCUCUGGCCCAGCAGAGGAAAAAUAAGCCCCCCAGCCUGGCCACCUUUGAAGCAAAAAGUUCUUCCGACGAAGCAUUCUUUAAGCAUAAAUGCAGGUUCUGUGCGAAAGUGUUUGGGAGCGACAGUGCCUUGCAGAUCCAUUUACGUUCUCAUACUGGGGAGAGGCCGUUUAAAUGCAACAUCUGUGGAAACCGGUUUUCCACCAAGGGGAACUUAAAGGUCCACUUUCAACGUCAUAAAGAAAAAUACCCCCACAUUCAGAUGAACCCAUACCCGGUGCCAGAGCAUUUGGACAACAUUCCCACGAGUACAGGGAUCCCGUAUGGAAUGUCAAUACCCCCAGAAAAACCUGUAACAAGCUGGCUGGACAGCAAGCCAGUGUUGUCCACUUUGACCACAUCCGUUGGCCUACCUCUCCCACCCACCCUUCCAAGCUUGACUCCUUUCAUCAAAACAGAGGAGCCUCAACCAAUUCCCAUCACUCAUCCAUCUUCUAGCCCUCCGUGUUCUGUCAAAAGCGACUCGGGCUCCAUUGAUCCUGCUGGGAGAAACACAAAUGGCCACUUAGCUGAAGGGGAGGGGGGUGCUUUGCUGUCCUCCAAUGACAAAGCUGAAGAGAGCACUCAGAUGUCCAAUGCCUCUGCUAGUCUGGACAAUUCCAUCACUUCCCCAGCAGCAGAGUUGGGUUCCAACAGUGUGGUCAGUUUCACCAACCCGCUGAUGCCUCUCAUGUCUGAGCAAUUUAAGGCCAAGUUUCCCUUUGGAGGGCUGCUGGACGUAACGCCAGCCUCGGAGACCUCCAAGCUGCAGCAGCUGGUGGAAAACAUAGAUAAAAAGGCAACUGAUCCCAAUGAGUGUAUCAUUUGCCACCGAGUUCUGAGUUGCCAGAGCGCUUUGAAAAUGCACUACCGCACGCACACCGGUGAAAGGCCCUUUAAGUGCAAAAUCUGCGGCCGCGCCUUCACGACGAAGGGGAAUCUGAAGACCCAUUACAGCGUCCACCGUGCCAUGCCUCCCCUGAGAGUGCAACAUUCCUGCCCCAUUUGCCAGAAGAAGUUCACGAAUGCUGUUGUGCUGCAGCAACACAUCCGAAUGCACAUGGGUGGCCAGAUACCCAACACACCUGUGACGGAGAACUAUCCCGAGUCCAUGGAGUCUGACACGGGGUCUUUUGAUGAGAAGAACUUUGAUGACCUGGAUAACUUCUCAGAUGAGAACUUGGAAGACUGUCCUGACAGCAGUGUGCCGGAUACACCUAAAUCCGCUGAUGCAUCUCAAGAUAGUUUAUCUUCUUCCCCAUUGCCACCAGAAAUGUCAAGUAUUGCUGCUUUAGAAAAUCAGAUGAAGAUGAUCAAUGCAGGGCUUGCUGAACAGCUGCAGGCAAGCUUAAAGUCUGUGGAGAAUGGGUCGGUGGAAGGGGACAUAAUGACCAAUGAGUCCUCCUCUGUUGGUGGCGAUAUGGAAAGCCAAAGUGCUGGAAGUCCUGCUGUCUCAGAGUCUACCUCUUCCAUGCAGGCCUUGUCCCCGUCCAACAGCACGAAUGAGUACCACAAACCCCCAAGUGUGGAGGAGAAACCACCAAGAAAUUUAUCAAGCGAGUUUGCCAAUGGUUGGCCGCUGACCCUUGCAAAUGGAGGUGCUUUGGACUUGACAUCAGGCAACCCAGAGAAGCUGAUUAAAGAAGAGUCCUUGAGCAUGUUGUUUCCUUUUCGAGACAGAGGGAAACUUAAGAACACAGCGUGCGACAUUUGUGGAAAAACGUUUGCUUGUCAGAGUGCCUUGGAUAUUCAUUACAGGAGUCAUACCAAAGAGAGACCAUUUAUUUGCACAGUUUGCAAUCGUGGCUUUUCCACAAAGGGUAAUUUGAAGCAGCAUAUGUUGACACAUCAGAUGCGAGACCUACCAUCACAGCUCUUUGAACCCAAUUCAAACGUUGGCCCCAAUCAGAACUCUUCAUCAGUGGUACCCACUAAUUCACUCUCGUCUCUUAUCAAGACUGAGGUCAAUGGUUUUGUCCACUGCUCCCCUCCGGACAGUAAAGAGAUCUCAUCCAGCCUACUUCCUUCGGGGCCUUUGCCACCUUCAGCAACAUCACCCAUAUUGCUUCCAGCUCUGCCCCGAAGGACACCGAAGCAGCACUACUGCAACACGUGUGGAAAAACAUUUUCAUCCUCCAGUGCUUUGCAAAUCCACGAAAGAACACAUACAGGAGAGAAGCCGUUUGCCUGCACUAUAUGUGGAAGAGCUUUCACAACAAAAGGAAACCUUAAGGUUCACAUGGGGACUCAUAUGUGGAACAGCACACCUGCCCGGCGAGGCAGACGGCUUUCUGUGGAUGGCCCCAUGACUUUCCUUGGAAGCAACCCUAUAAAAUUUCCAGACAUGUUUCCAAAAGAUUUGGCUGUGAGGUCGGGAAAUGGAGACCCAUCGAGCUUCUGGAAUCAGUAUGCCGCUGCACUUUCCAAUGGCUUGGCCAUGAAGACGAACGAGAUCUCUGUCAUUCAAAAUGGUGGCAUCCCCCCAAUGGGCAAUGGAAGCAGUUCUCCCAUUAGCGGCUUGACAGGCAGCAUGGAGAAACUCCAGAAUUCAGAACCGAACGCACCUCUAGCUGGUCUGGAGAAAAUGGCAAGCAGCGAGAACGGGACUAACUUCCGUUUUACGCGUUUUGUGGAAGACGGCAAAGAGAUUGUAACGAAUUAGGACUUACGUUACGAACAUUCCUGCAGAUAUUGCAACCUAAGGUUGUGUGUGUGGGGUUUUUUUGUUUUGUUUUUUACUUUGGCAAAUCAACAACACGGCGACAUUAAAAAGACAUCCUUUUGUACCCUGUUCGACAUCUAGAGUUCUAAAACAGCUUAUUUAUUAGUGAUAUAACUUUCUUUUCGUUUUGUUUUUUGGCUUUGCAAACACAUGCAAGCGUUAUUUUUGGUCUUCUGUAUUUUGAACUAAAUACUAAUUGACUUAGAGUGCUGUAACAUUUAUGGCAACGCAAGUCUGUUCAGCUACGUGGUUUCCUUCUGGCAUUUAACUUAUUUUCUAUAUCCAGUUUAACAUAAACUUUGGGUGGUAAUUCAAUGACUCCAUCGUUCAUUUCUCACACAUUCUCUCUCUCUCAGAACAAAAUCUGUAUAUGUGUAUUCUUCAAUCCCAUUGGAAAUUUUUAUCGGCAAAUACGUUGUUUAAUUCUCCAAACAAAUUUGCGCAGAGGAUUGAAAAUGGGCCAUAUAAAAUUGAACCAUAUGCAUCCUUCACUACAGGCUCAGUUGUUUGUUUUUUGAGGGUUUUAAUUUUUAUUCUAAAAUUUAAAAAAAAGUUCAUUUUUUCAGGGGGGUAGAUUUUAACUUUCUUUUCUCCCCUUUUGGAAUUGUCCUUUGUAUUGUGCUUUUUACUGGAGUCGUCUUAGAUGUUAAAAAGUUUCUGUACAGUAAAUAAGCACGCAGGUGAUUAGAGGCGAUCCAAAAGUGUUGUUUUUGGUAGUUUGGAAACCUUUUGCCUUGUAGGUAUAUUAACUUUAGGAGAAAAGUGCUGGACUUUGUGCUGCUAUAAAAGGCAUCUUGAACAAACUUCCAUGGACAAAUUUAGAUGCUCUUGUACAUAUGACGAGAAAUAUUGAGUUCAUUAAAAUGUACAUAUGUUCCCAA